GACAUAAAAGAAUUGCUGAAAGUAAUGCUAAGUUGACUAGUGAAAAUCCGUAAAAUUCCACUAUGUAAAAUGUUAUAUCUCUGAAACAGUAUAUUUGUGUGCUUAUGUUGGUAGUGCGUAUUGACUGUAGACACCAAAAGCGUCUAGUCGUGAAGUGCGUCUGGUAGUGAGUAGUGCGAGUAGUUGUGGUGUUGUUGUGUAGUGCAGUGUGUUGCUUGCUAUUUGUGUAUUUUCCUGUCAAUUCUGUAGUGCGAAUAGGAACCCGAAAAUCAUGCUGCCACUCAUGUGCUAAAUUUAAAAUUUGCAUGUGAUGGUGUCAGUUUUCAUGGUUGUGAUAGAGUAAAAAUAAUUGAGGUGAAAAUUAAGCCAUUUCUUAUGCUGAGCAGAAGUUUGGGAAAACGGUUGGAUAUGUGGUUCACAGGAAAGCUGGACCUGUCUAACCAAAAGGAUGCACUGUUCAACGACCUUAUGCAAGAAUGUAAACAUGCAGCUCCAGGUGCUAGGUUGUCCUAUCAAUUAAGAACUAAACUGGAAAAAUUCAGUCGAGAAGAAAGAAAGGAAAUUGUGUGUCGUCUGAAAGAUGGUUGUGCACCGUUGUUUAUUGCCUGCAAAAGGGGUCAUGUGGAAAUCGUCGAAUAUUUAAUAACAGUAUGUGACGCAGAUGUAGAACAAAAAGGACUCUAUGAAGUGCCUGAUGAUCACUCUGUUCACUGUGUGACUCCAUUGUGGUGUGCUGCUGUUACUGGUCGGCUUCCAGUCAUAAAGUGUUUGGUGGAACAUGGUGCUGAUAUCAAUGCUAUUUCUGAUUCUGGAUCAACCCCUGUACGUAGUGCCUGCUUUAUGACACAUCUGGAGAUAGUAUCAUAUUUGGUAGAACAUGGUGCAGAUAUACUAAGGCCAAAUUAUAAUGGUGGUACUUGUCUUAUCAAUUCUGUUCAGAGUGUGCAGCUUUGUUUGUAUCUGUUGCAAAACGGCGCAUCUGUGAAUACGCGUGACAUUCAAAACAAAACAGCACUGCAUUAUGCCAUUCAGGAACAUCGCUUUGAGACCACUAAGUUGUUGCUAGAUCAUGGUGCGGAUCCACAUGCUAGAAGUAGAUACAAUGAUGAUGCGCUCCAGACAGCGUGUUUAAAGGGAGCUGUCCAAAUUUUCGAUUAUUUGAUAUACCGUGUAAAGUAUGAUCCUGAAGGAUUAGCAAAUGCACACGAGCUAAUGGGGUCAACAUUUCUUGAUGAACAUAACGAUACAUCCACAGCUCUGAAGCAUUGGCGAAUUGCGACGAGAAUUCGCUUUACUCACGGAGUCGAUGGUGAACCUCUUCCAAAGCGUCCUCUCAUGCCUCCACGAGCAGCCUUCCGAUACGCCACAGAAUUCAGAACGUUCGAAGAUCUUAUGAAUAUAUCUUUUGAUCUGGAUGCGAUGCGGUACCAGAGUUUGCUGAUAUGCGAACGAAUCUUAGGACCUCAUCAUAAAGAUACAUUGUUUAGGUUGAUGUAUCGGGGUGCAGCGUACGCCGAUGCACUGAGAUAUCAGUGUUGUAUAGACCUGUGGCGACGUGCUUUGGAAAUAAGAGUGGAGAAAGACACUAUUUUAUAUAAUGAUACUUGCUUCACUGCACAAGCCCUUGUUCGCCUGUUUGUUGACUUGAAUGAGAAGAAUCUUGAAGUACUUGGUGCUGGACAGCCAGAAGGAGAACCUCGCUUUGAAGAUGUGGCUGCUGUAUUUCAGUUGCUUGGUCGUGAACUUCCAGAUAUGAGGAAACUGCUUGAGGUGCGACCAAUUCAAAAACGGCAACAAGAAAGUUUUGACCGAAUACUAAAAUGCAUCACUCACCUGAUUUAUCUGCUCGUGGAAACUGCACGUUCACCUGAUGAGCGCAAACAUGUUGCUCAUAUGGUGGAGGAAUUAAUUCAGUCAAAUCCUCGAUCAGCUUCAACUGGUGACACAUUGCUUCACUUGUGUGUUUCAAGGCUGAAUACAAUAAAAAGUUCCUAUUUUCAAGAUGACAACCAGAUGAUAUUUCCUAAUAUGGAAGUUAUACGACUUCUUCUUGAUUGUGGUGCACCAGUGAAUGCUAGAAAUGAAUCACGAUCAACACCACUUCAUGUAGCAGCAAAUCCAUAUAAUUUCUACAGCCCACUUGUACAGCUUCUGCUGGACCAUGGAGCACAUUUGGACACACCAAAUAGAGCUGGUGAUUCUCCUGCUGUUUUUGUGGCUGUGAAUCCUCUGAACAACGUUCAUUUGGUGAACUAUAUCACAUUGCGUUGUAUGGCAGCUACAGCUGUUGCAAAGUACAAAAUUCCUUACAAAGGCCAGAUACCAGUCACUCUGGUUGACUUUGUUCGAUUUCAUGAACCUUGAAAUGAUUUACAUAGACUACAUAGACAUGGCUAACCUAGAAACCUGAAAUUUCUCAGAUGCAGUGCUUUCACUUGAGCAGUUGCUUUGCAGAUUGUGUAUGUGUGUGUGAGUGUGUGUUUUAAUUGGAUUAUGUUAGUGUGGUGCUAAUGUCACCUGACUUACAAAGGCUAGUAAUGGCUAAUGGCUCACAUUGUGUUUACAAUAUGACACUGUGCAUUAAUCUUCAUGCUUAGUUUCUAGUUAAAGUAAUGGUCUGAGCUUUCAGUUAUUGCUGUUAGCAAACAGCCUUAUUGUUAGAAACAAAAGUUGUAAAAUUUAGUGUGGUAAGGGUUAUUAACCCAAAACUUCUAUGUGAUAUGCCGAUUUUCGGAUUUCUUUUAUUAGGUACAGUGGUCUGCACAGCUGUUAACAUGAGGGUGUCUUAGUGUGUAGGUACUGAAUCUAAGUGCAGUACAUGUGCCAUUUGCUCAUGACUACCACUCUGUGCACAGUAAAACCACAUUCUUCAUAUUGAAUAAGUGUGGUUUUAUAUACUGUACAUAUAUGCUAGUAUUUAGUCACAGGACAGAAACUUAUGUAAUAAGUUUUUUGAAAGAUUAAAUCAGAGUUGCAAUACUCAGUGUAAAGCUGGCAAUUUUGAAAAGAACACGAGUGUCAACAGUGUCAUUUCUGUUACUUUUGGCUGUCUUGUCAGUGUAUCAAUUUUCUGAUUUGGAGAUUUGGUUACAAACAUUUAGCAAUUAAUUAAUAUGAAAAUAUGAAUAUACAUGGUUUCUGUAUUUUGUUUGAAUGAGGCAUUGUUCCUAUUCACCAUUAAUAUUUCAGGAACUGGUAAAAAUGAAAUAUGUUGUGCAUGUACCUGAAAAGCUAACUAUUUUGUAGAAAUUGAUGAAUGAAAUAAUUUGUGAAUUUCACAAAUUGAAUUUUUUAAUCUGUCAUUCGCUCUUUUACCAGAGUACUGUUGUUUUUACAUGUCUACCAAUAUAGCAGAAUGUUAAUUUGAUAUUCAUUUACAUUUUUUCAGAAAAUGUUUCAUUUUGAACACUGAUGAAUUAGGGUCUUCUAGGUCACAUAUAAAUGUAAUAUUGCAGAUAGACAGAUAGUGAGAGAUUUGCUUUAUUUGGAAGCAGUACUUGCCUACAUAAUAUUAUAUGCUUUUGCAUUUUCACAUGUGUGUUAAGUAGUUUAAUUUAAUUUGAUUUAAUCUCGAAUGAUUUAUUGUUUGUGGUUAGUUCAGUGAUAUUAAGAGUAACAAUGUGAUGUUUAUGUGUCUACUUGUUUUCUUUUACUCUUUUUUUUAUCUCGGCCUUUCUUGCCUCCUGCCCAUUUGUAGUUCAUGGAUGCCCAUGUCUCUGGCAUAUUUUAGUAUAAAGUACAGGUUUUCACAUUAAACAUAUAUUCACUGAGUGGAAACGGUAAUUAGUGGAGAUAUGUAUAAUGUUUGCAUUGUGUUGUCUAGGAAUCUGAAUUAAGGCAAACAGUAUUAGCAAUUGAAUGCAUUAUCUGAAGUCAGAGUAGAUAUACGCAGCUAAAAACACAAAAGAAAUGUAAUUAUUGAAAAGUUAUUUGCAGUAACUAAAUACAGCUAAUUAUUUGGUUUCAUUUUUUGUUAAAUAGGUUUUUAUGUUGUUUUGUUUGUUUAUUGCUUUUACUACUCCUUUUUCUUUCACUACAGACCAUUUGUAGUUUGCAAUAUGCUUUCUUAAGCAUUAAGAACAGACUGUUUUGUAAUAAUUAUUUUUCAUGUCACUGCAAACAGUUUUCUGCUCCAUUCAUAACAGGCAGAUUUUUUGUGUUGGCACUGAAGCCCUAAAAAUAGCCAUACAUAGUGACUCAUUAUCGACAUGUUAAAUGCCUUAAAAAUCGGAUGCUUCUCAGUGAAAUUACUCAUUCACCUCAAUUGCCUAAAAUGAGAAGAAAUAAGUGGACUGCAUCAACUGCUGCAUCAUGUCAGCUGAUAAGAAUAUAAAAUACUAUCUGUAAUUAUCAGUUGCAUGUAUAGGGACCAGAAAAAUUUGCAUUUUGUGAUAAAUGCGAAAUAGACAGAAAUUCUGCCUUAAAAUGCGAAAACACAAUUAUUUAAUAGACACUAUUUCUUAGAAAAUUUUAUCCGUACGCACUAUUUUAUCAGAGAUAGUUUGAAAUAACUUUAUUUUCUGCAUAUAAAUAUCAAAGUCCAAUUUUCAGUUACUGGUAUUGUACAUCAUCUGGCGAAGCCCACUUUGGGAAGAUAAAGUGCAUAAGAAGGUGUUUGCAAAGUAAAAAGUGUAAGAGUGCAACAGUGUAUCAAUGCACACAGUGACCUGGCACCAUGCCAAUUGUGUGGUCUAUUGAAGAUACACACUACGUAAUGCAACAUAGUAGUACUCAGCUGUGGCACCUAGCAUUGUACAACAACAAAAAAAUGCAUAUGUUUGUUUGUUAGCCAAAGAUCAAAAGAUGGUUAUAAUGUGGAAACUCAAACAUCACUAGAAGUCAGGCCUGAACUACUUUGUUAGCAAUUCAGUCUUAACCUCAACAAGCAAUUGUGCAUAGCCAUUCCGAAAUGCCUUGUUCGUGGUUUUCUUUCCUUAUUUUGAAACAGUGAAGCAACUAAUCCUGGUCUAUCACAGAUUUCAAUUAUCACCAUUACAACACCAGAAGAGAUCAGCGAUCCCUAUAACAAUGUGUCAUUCCUGCUUCAGGCUGCUACCCUGCUAAACGGAGGUGGGGCUUGUUUCCCUGCACCUCUCCCUUUCUGUCUGGCACAACAUUCUAGUUUGUUUACAUUUGUGGCUAUCUACCACUAUAGCCAAUAAUGUCCACACUCUGCGCUAUAGCAACUGGAAAAUGAAAUCUCUAACUAUUUUUGACUCUGGCAAAAUCCUUCCCUUAACAUAAAAAUAUAAUUACAGUACGUUCAGGUCUACUUCUAUGCCAAAUACCUUGUCAGUUCAAUUUGUAGUGUUAUCAAGAGUGGGUCUCGCAGCUAUGAAUGCCCACUGGAAGUCGAAAUCAGUAGUCUGCAGAUUUUGUAAUCAUUGAAUUGGGCAGGAAAAUACAAGUAAUGUCCAGAAACCCCUUAAUUUGGUGACACAUUCAGUUCACUGGCAGCAAAAUGCUGCUGCUCCUCAACAGAACUAUCAUUCCUGAAAGCUUAAAUACUGCCAAAUCAAGAAAACAAAGGCCAUUUUGGAACAAAAAGGUGUUGAACAUUUUUCCAGAAGCAAACAAUCUAAUCAAAAAGUUCCCACUCGGCAUUUUUUAUAACUUUUCAAAUUAGUGCAUCUAAUCAUCUAAAAACAAAAAAGAAUAGAUGCAAAUUUGGCCACAAGUAGAUGCAGAUUUUGUCAAAAACAGAUGCUACAUUUUCUGGUCCCUAGGCAUGUAAAUACAAAUCUUUAUGCACUGAGUUGUCCUCUUGCCAACCAUCUUGCCCUAAAGUGUUAUGUAUUCUCAUCUCUUAUAAAGAAAUUCAGUCAAAAUAUUUGAAUAUUGAAAUGCGUAACUGCCUUACUUCCAGAUCGCUGAGCUUCAGCUUUUGCAUCUACAUUGUAACUAGAGGUGUAUAUACUCUUCCUAGGAAUAAUAUUACUGUGGAUGUCUUUUCCUCUUAAGGCUCAUCAGUAUUUGAAACUGAUAAGAGUUUGCAAAUCAUCCUCACUGACCACUAAUGAAUUCAUGCAGAUAAUUGGUUUUCUGCUGUUUGUGUGACAGUUUCUGGAAAAGCAAUAGCAAACCUUACCUGGGUGAGCAUAUAAUGGAAAAGUUUACUGUUGUAUCCUUGUCCAACAGCCUACACCGCAAGUAUACAGUGGAAAUGAAUAUUAUGAAUGCAUUAUAUUAAAAGGAAAAUUCAGCUGAGAAUAAUGAAAACCUACAGAAAGACAAAGUGGCCACUCAGCAAGUGAAAUUUGAUAGGCACAUGUCUAUUGGCAGUACUUACCUGUUCAAGACAAGUAGUCACCAGCCAUUCUGUUUCCUUGCAGGUUUGUUAUGAAUACGUGUUGUUGUAAUUAGGACUAUGUUGCAACAAUACAAAUUUCAAAGACUUAGUGUUCAAAUUUAGCAGACACCCGUGAGAAAUAACUGCAAGCCUAAGGGCCCAAUUUUAACAGAUCCAACAUCAUAAACAGGUCCCAUGUGUUACUAGUCCUCAAGACAGAAAGAGGUUUGGGACUUAACACUGGACAAUGACUCACAAUUUAGCUAUGUAGAUCUGUAUACUGCCACUUUCGGGGGCUUGCUUAUCUUGAGUACUCUGUAUAACUAUGAUGUGACCAGUGCAGCAGAGGAGGAUAAUUAGCAAAGGAUGAAACAAGAGGGUUAAGCAAAGCUAAUCUGAUAAAAAUACUUAAAAUAAGUGAAAGGCAACGGCAUUCUUAUAGAGGAUUUGUGCAUAGUGCACAAAACACACAACAGAAAAUGUUUAACACCAGCUUUCAAGUUCUUGCUCUUUUUCUGGUAGGAUGACCCCCCACACACACAUGCAGACAGGGGAGUGGAGGAGGUGGUUUCAGUGUCUGUGCGGUUGUUUGUGUGUUAAUGUGUGUAAUCCUACCAUAAAAAGAGUAAGAGCUUGUAAGCUAGUGUUACCUUUUUCCAAUCCUCCAUAGGUAAGUGGUCGUUUUUCCCUAUUUUACAUAUUUUUCCACCCUGUUGAAAAUACUAAUAUGCAGUGAGAAUCAGUAAGGGAGCUAGUGUUAAACAGCAACUACUUAUUGAUAUAUAUUUUAGCAGACAGAGAAGUACAAAGGGUGAAAUGAUGGUAUGCAAAUCUUUGUGAAUCAAAAAGGGUGAAGCAAAAAGAGCUGGGAAAGUGAUUCCACAUAGAGAUAACACAAGAAUUUUGUAUAGGAUCAUUUGCAACUGAAUAUUUACUGUAGUGCCUAAAAGUAUGCUUUCUAAAUAUUGUUGCAUAUCAGUAGGCAAUGGAUACUGAUACAAACAGGAAAUGACAAAAAUUUUAGCUGUUGGAAUCAUAGGUUUCUUUGUCUUUUAGACUUGGGGAAAUAAACUUAUUAAAAAAUGAAAUGGGAGGAAAUGACCCAGGACCUUGCUAAAGGUGGAACAACAGGGCACGUCUGGAGGAAAAUUGGUAUUGAGGUUUCCUAUACUUCCCUCCUAUCACAGUAAGACUGGUUGCUUUUAAAAAGAAAUUUUUCCCUCUGAAAUGAAGUAUGCAUUUACUACAAUGUAUCCAUGAGGAGUCCCCCCCACCCCGGUCUCAAAUCCCUUGAUGAGAGAACUUGGGUUUGGGGGUGGUGGGGGUGAUAAUGCUGAACUAAAGCAGCAUUCCAUAUGUUGGAGAGCAAAUACGUUAAUACAGUUCUCAAUGUAAAACAAAUCAUUCAGAGCUGACUUACAGACUGGUAACAGUUUGUCAAUUGUAGAGACCCACUGACGAUUGUGAGUAAUAUUUUCUGCGAAUAUUAUCCAAAAAUAAUAUGAUGAUACUACAGAAUUACAAAUUUUCCCUUUUUUGAGGAGCAUUACAUUAUAGUAAGUUUGUAGUUUAUCUUUGUUGCUUUACUGUGAAACAAAUUUCAUUGUAACUUUUGACAUGUAAUGAAAAUCAAGAUUAGAUUCAAUGAUCAGCUAGUAGACCGAAAAAAGUGAAAACUAUGCUUGAGAUGUGAGUACCACAGGAAAUAUUUGUUUGCAGUGAUUCUUUAUAAAGUUUUUUUUUACACCAAGUAUCAGUACUGAAAUUUCACUUCUGUCAUUGUUAUGGUGAAGCCACACAGGCUAUAACAUCGUAGAAGUAUGGGUAAAUGUUCUGUGUGUUCAACAAUCAGGUAGCAGCCAGUAUCUUUUAACUAGAAUCUGUGAUAAUUGUACAAAUUAAUUAGUGGCUUAUAAGGUGAAAGUUUCUAAUAGUUUCGUAUUGUCAUCGUUAUUCUCUACACCAUUGAAGUUUUUAGCUGACUUCGUUACCUGCUGUUUAAUAUCUGUAAAUGUUACGUCACUGUAUGUCUGUGUAACAUAAACAAAAUUCAGCAUAUAGUUGUACUUAAAUAAAGCAUUUUGGUUUUACCUUUU